CCGGGCACGCCCUCGCCAACCAGCGGGCCCGGCCCUGCCAGACCCAGCCCAGGCCGGGGCUCGGGUCAGGCAAAGGCCGCUGGAGGUUUAACGGGAGAUCCAGCACUGCGCUCUAGGACACGAGUCUGGCCCAGAGACCUCCCGGGCUACAGCAGCGAAAAGUGCUGGGGGGAAACGUGACAGCAUCUGCAGUCCUCGUGAGGAGACUAAACCUCGCCUCAGGAACCCGCCCGGCUUGCAGGGGGGCAGCAGGCAGGUGGUGCGCAGGAGCGGGUGGUGCCUCGAAGGGCACCAUCGCUGUGUCCUCAGCUCGACACCUUCAGAAGGAAAAAAGUCUCACUCUGCUUUGGGAGGCUCUUCGGCCGUGGCCCUCUGCUCUGAGUGAGAUCCACAGUAGGCAGGAUUUAAGAUAAGCUCUUCCUGCCUUUUAGUAUCGUUGCAGUGACUAGCCCCAGGUUGCCAGCUCCAUGCACGCCUCAUAGUUUACUCAUACAGGUCGUCUUAUCUGUAAGAGAUUCUCUUACAAAAACCUUUAGAUGUUUUGUCUGGAAAAGUUGGACUGUAAAUCAAAUGCUGACUUGGCUGAUGUUUGUCUAAAUCAUCUUAAAAUGCAAUCACAAAUUGGAGACAAAGGCCUUGGAAGGAAAGUUACUGCACAAGAGGUGUCAGGGGAAUCUCUGAACGACACCAGACAUGCAGAUAGCCAAACAGAAAGCGAAGGCAAUUCUGUCACCACAGUAUAUGGACCACAAGUGCAACUAGAAGGUUCAGAGCAAGAAUCUGAAGAGAAGAGUAUUGAAAAUGCAAUUAAUCAAAGGCAGCCUAAAGAUGGCUUGAAUGAGUAUAGCACUGGAGACACCUUCCGAAGACUGCAAAAGGAUCUUAAAACUCAAGAGAAAGACAUGAACUGUAUGUCCAUAGCAGAUCAACAGAAUGAACAAAAAUCAGAUGGUGAUCACAAAUCGGUAAACAGCUCAUUCAGUCAAAGAACAGAAGAAAAGAGGGGCUGUGUAAGAAUGACAAAAACGAUUCUGAAAGACAUCUGUAAACAGCAGAAAUUAUAUUGGACCCCAUACUUAAAUGAUACGCUUUACUUGCAUUAUAAAGGAUUUGACCGCCUGGAGAAUCUUGAAGAGUAUACUGGAUUGAAGUGUUUAUGGCUGGAAUGCAACGGCUUAACAAAAAUUGAGAAUUUGGAAGCUCUGACAGAGUUGCGUUGCCUCUACUUGCAACUCAAUUUAAUUAACAAAAUUGAAAACCUUGAACCCUUACAAAAGCUGGAUUCCCUCAAUAUCAGUAACAACUACAUAAAGACCAUUGAGAAUCUCUCUUGUCUGAAAGUCCUGCAGACUCUGCAGAUUGCUCACAAUAAGUUACAAACAGUGGAAGACAUACAGCACUUGCAAGAAUGCCCAAGUAUUUCUGUUCUCGACCUUUCUCACAACAAUCUAAGCGAUCCAAGAGUUAUAAAUAUUCUGGAGGCCAUGCCCAAUUUGCGUGUGCUGAAUUUGAUGGGAAACCAAGUGAUAAAGAAAAUUACUAAUUAUAGAAAAACACUUACUGUUCGACUAAAACUACUAACAUAUCUGGAUGACAGACCAGUUUUCCCAAAGGAUAGAGCCUGUGCAGAAGCCUGGGCAGUUGGAGGGCUUGAAGCUGAGAAAGCAGAAAGGGAAAAAUGGGAAACCCGAGAGAGAAAAAAAAUCCAAGACAGCAUUGAUGCUUUAGCAGCAAUCAGGCAAAAAGCAGAGGAAAAGAAAAGACAAAAGUAUAUGGAAGAAAGAGAUGCAAAAUGUGAAAAUGGAGAUGCAACAGACAUCCUAGAAGGAGAACCUGCAAAUUCAGGUGGCAGUGGUGGAAAUUCUACUAUAUCAGAGGAGGGAGAAACUCAAGAGAAGACUGAGAAAUUUAGAAAUGAAAGUUUUGAUGCUCAUGAUGAAGUGAUAACACUUCUACCAAAUAGGGACGAUAACACAGAUUUCACAUCUGGAAAUAUUGCUGCUAGAAUUCAAGAGGAUGAACAGGAAUCAAGUUCUUACAAAUGCUCAAACUUCAACCAGAAGGCAGACGAUCUACCAACAGAGAAGGCAGCUACUGAAAAGCCCAUGCUUCCUGAGCUGGAUGAAUAUGCUGAAGUUGAACAGCUCAAACUGAAGAUACCAGAGAAACUUUAUCUUGACGAGCUGCCUGAUUUAGAAGAUAUAGAUGUAAAUGAAUUUCCCCCAGAAGAGGAAAUCUUUGUCCAAAAGCAGGAAUAUCACCCAAAGAUUGAAAUAAUUUCUGAAAUGACAAAUGACAGCAAUUCUGCAUUGGAGGAAAACAAUGAAAGCAUGUUUGAGAAUUCAGGAGAAGUUCCAACAGCAAUUUUUUCAAAUGUGUAUAAGAUAUAUAAAGAGCAUGAGAAGGAGCACUUGAGACCCCUUGUUGAAAGCUUCUUUACAGAGCCUGCUAAUUCAGAAAGAUACCUGGAGAUCAAAGAUAAACAAGACACCCCCUUGAAACCCUUGAUAGAAGAGGUUGUCACUGAGCCCAAGGAUAAUCUACUAUUGUCACCAGUCUUCAAUCAACCAGAUGACCCAAACCCAGGGGAAGAGGAUGGGAAUGGCAGUGAUGGAGAAGUACAGUGUCUGUCUGAGGGUGAAGGAUGCCCUCACAAAGCACAAGAUGGCAAGGACAGGGAGAGUGGAUUAGAUUAAUCACUUUGAAAAAACAGACCAAAUGUGGAGCACAGCGCCUGGCUGGCUGCAUGUGGUUAUUCUCAAAAUGCAGAGCUCAGCAGUGGGAGCAUUAGUUAAAACUGAUGUAACACUUACUGUGAUAUAAACCCCACUGCCCUCAACAGGAGGAGUUAGUGUUUCAGUCAAUCAGAGGCUGCAGGGCAGAACUCGUGGUUGUGUCAGCAUGAAAAAAGCCCGUAAAUCCCCUGCAACCCACAGGCAGCAAGUGCCUUGUGCUCCCGCUGCCAGAGCAGCUCUGAGCUCCUCAGGGCAGCCGGCAGCACCCACUGCUUUGAUAGUGAAGGCACUACUGGUUUAAGGUUAAAUUCCACACUCAUGACUUUUUUUUCCUUUGCAUCCUUCUAGAAAUUACUUAGUUAAACAUUUCUAUUUUGGGGGUUUAUUAGAUACAUAGUUUCAAUGCAUAAUGUAAUGUUUCUGUCAUUUGAACUAAAUAAAGAUUCUACUUGU